AUGCGCGGUCUUUACCGUCGCCUUUCAAGGGAACAACGAUCGGUCGUCAGACAGAUGGGCUCCCAGCUCUUCCAGCAACACCAGGCGGUACAGCAGCGACAGCAAUCGCAGGCGACACCCAACGAACACAUCGCAACCGAACCAGCCACAGAACAACAGCGCGCUCCGGUGGCAGUCAUGGAAUUGCUUCAGAAUCCCGUCAACCCUUUGGACCUGACCAAUCCCUUGGCCUGCGCCUUGCCAGUUCUACCAACGACAUCCCCGAUGCGACCCAGGACCCUGAGACAGGGUCCUGAGACAGGGUCCUGGGACAGCAUCUCGACGACCUCUGCCGACUUCACCUAA